AUGUCUGUAAUCAUCCACCUGGACCGGCCACAUAAGCAUUUCACCAAUCUCGACUACCUCACGGGAAAGGUGGUACUACAAUUACACUCUGAAGCUGCAAUCGGAGGCAUUCAAGUAAAAUUAGAAGGCGAAAGUCGGACGCGCCUGGCAGGUCCGAAAAAUCCACAUAAUGAGCAGUCGGAUAAGAAACGUACCGAAAUCGAGGUUCACAAGAUCCUGUACAAAGUCGAAACGGUUUUCCCCACUGCAGCGGUAUUCAAUGCAGAGACCCCAGACAGGGCUUAUACAUUUGCAAGAGGGACGUACGAGUAUCCGUUCAAAUUUAAGUUCCCAUUCAACAAUUCCUGCAGCAUACACAAUAGCAUGCUUACGAACCUGAACAUCACGGGUCUGAGAGUGGAAAUGGCCAGAGACACCGCUCGCCAUGUGAAAAAGACGCUCCCUCCAUCUCUAAGUGGCUUCCCGGGCAUGGCCGACAUCAAGUACUAUGUGAAAGCGACGGUUAUUCGUCCACAGUUCUACAAGGAGAACAUCAGGGCGAUCACCAACCUAAACUUCCUUCCCAUCGAGCCUCCCAGGACAGGCAACCCGAGCGAAGAAACUUAUGCAAGACGACAACACCAGUUCACAAAUGCCCCGAAUGUGUCCAAAAAAAGAAGCCUAUUCUCGAAGAUGUCGAGCAGUUCGCUCCGGGAUGCCGCGGGCGGUUCCCCUCGCGUAUCCGCUGACCUGCGGCUACCCAACCCGUCAAUCCUGACCUGCAAUGAGCCUAUACCAAUGCGUGUUCUCGUCAAGAAACUGUCAGAGUCUUAUGAGACCAUUUUCUUGCAGAUGAUACAGGUUGAGCUGAUUUCUUACACAAACAUUAUUGCUCAUGACUUACGGCGCACCGAAAGCGGCACCUGGGUCAUACUAAGUCAGAGUAAUAUGGCUGUACCUCUGGGAAGAGGCGGAGACCCAGCGGACUCGGAGUGGACGAUCGACGCUGGUUUAUGGAAUGGCAUACCUCUGCCCAGCACGGUAGCGCCGUCAUUCGAGACCUGCAAUGUCUCACGGACGUACGAGCUCGAAGUUCGAGUGGGCCUGACUCAUGGAAGUGUUGGCAACAUGAAGCCUCAACUUAUCGUUCUUCCGCUGCGGAUGCCCGUGAAAGUUUACUCCGGAAUUGCUCCCCCGAAAGCGCUUCUGGAUGCCAUGGCGGCCAACGGGCAGGCCAAGCCAGCGGCUAGCCCUACAAGUCCCACCGGAUCGAUGGAUAGUAGUACACGCCCCCCAAUGCCGCCUCGGCCUGCUAGACCACCUAUGCCUGCCAACCCUGAGGACGGCUACGACGAUGCACCUCCCAGUUACGAAGAUGCCAUGGCUGAAACUCUCAGCCCUGUGGAUGGCCCCCGUCGAGAGUAUAACCCACCAGAUGCCUCUUCCGAAAGAUCUGUUGAACCUGGAGCUGAUCCGCGAUCUCCAGUUGGAAAGGAACCUGAGGCGUCUGCACCCUACAGCAAUCAGGAAGCGAUGUCCUCGUCGGAGACACUCGAUAUGCUGCCCGAAAGUCCGCCAGAGUCCCGUUCUGGUUCGCCCCCAAAUUCUCCCGUUGCGCGUCAACAAAGCGUGCUCAAAAUCCACAAGGCUCCCCUUCUCCUAGAGGAGGAUAGCCCUCCCGAAUAUCAGACGAUUGCAGCUGGCAAGCCUCAACCAUCCCAUAGCCAGGUUAAUCGUGUUCCGUCCCAGCCGGGGGCCAGGCCCAUGAACCUGGGCGUUCCCAGCAGGAAGCCAGUUCCCCGGAGUCCAAGUAGGCAAACGUGA